UCGGCCGCCGACGAGCAGCACGGCCGCACGGCCCGCCUCCCUCUCUCCGCUGCCACUGCCAGCAGCGCGCCCGACCUGGGCCUCGUGUGCUACCCGGCGCCGCCGACACAGAGCGGUCACAACAGACGUCCCCCAUCUACGGGCAUUACCAGGAUGGAGAGCGGCCAGUGGGGGAGGUGGCUCCCUCUGCUGGUGCUGCUGGUGGCAGCGGUCGUCCCCGCCCAUACAGCACCAUUGGAAUGGGACGAAGAUGAACCAGGAUGUUUCCACAUGAUGCAGCACUACAACAACGGCGACCAGAUUGUCACUGACGAGCCCUGUCUAAACUGCACCUGCCGGGACAACAUGCUCAUGUGCUUCCUCAAGGUCUGCCCCUACGUGAUGCCGCUCACCAAGGGUUGCACCAUGGAGAAGAAGCCCGGCGACUGCUGUGCUACCGUCACUUGCGAACAGGUGCCCGUACCAAUCAUGCAGAUGCUCGGUAUGGCCAACCAGACGGCGCCGACGACUGAGGUACCGCCGACAGCGCUCAGCCCAGUGGGUGCCGACGACGCCGGCUGCCGCGUGGACGGACAAUACUACGCCGACGGAGCUCAGGUACCGAGUGACCCGAACGAGCCGUGUGACGUCUGCUACUGCAUCCGGAACCACACCGCCUGUGUGCAGCAGGAGUGCACGAUGCGCGUGCCCGGCUGUCAGCCCGUGUACGAGGAGGGAAUCUGCUGUCCGACGCGAUACGUCUGCGACUACGAGACGACCACGCUGCCACCGAUCACCACUAUGAGGCCCGAACUGGGAGCUGCCGGUUGUAUGGUGAACGGCGUCUUCUACGAGGAUGGUGACCAGAUUGCCUCGGAGGACCCGUGCUCGCACUGCUACUGCAUGCACUCGGAGGUGAAGUGUGCCAUCCAGGACUGCGCCUCGCCACUGGACAGCGCCCACUCCCAGUGCAGGCCCGUGCCGCCCCCGCCCGGCCAGUGCUGCCCCGACCAGUACACCUGUGGUGGUGCGGAAGAAAGUUUCGUGCCUGCCAUCGGCGACCAGACAGCACCAGUGAAACCUGAAGAGGGCAGCACCGUCGGUGAGGCUGCUCCGGGCGCUGAGACAACCGACCCGGCAGCAGAUGGCACCACUACUGCGCCUGCAGAUGGGACCACUGCUGAACCUGCAGAUGGCACUACUUCCGCCGCUAUCGAUACGACUACCGCAGCUUCCACUGACGGUUACACAGUGACUCCAACUCCCCAGGAGGGGUACGAGCCCGUUCAGCCGGCCGCAACGGAGGAUGACUCGCCAGCUACCGACGACGAAGUCGAGUCUAGCGGUGAGCAGCCCGCGUCUGAUGGCCAGGAACCGACCGAAGUCCAGAUCCUCGACGGGGAGACUCCUUCCGAGACCGGAGAGUCCGGCCAGGAGCCCCAGGGUCCUGUUGAUGGCAGCGGUGACGUAACUGAUGACGAGGUUUCGCCCAUUAAGCCUGGCGACGUGAUCGUCGAGAUCCCUGAGACGGUCCCUGGACCUGAAGGCAGCGGCGAAGUCACCAGUGACGAAGACUCUCAGGUAGGACCUGGUGAUGAGACUGCUGAGGUCCCCGAAAAUGCCCCUGGAGCUGAAGGAAGCGGUGAGGCAGCUGAUGAUGACGUUUCUCCCAUUAAACCUGGCGAUGUGAUUGUCGAACUCCCGGAGACAGUUCCUGGACCUGAAGGCAGUGGAGAUGUGGUCGGCGACGACGACACUCCGGCAGAACCUGAUGAAGUGGCUGUCGAAGUUCCGGAGGCCAGCGGUAACGGUCCCACUGAAGAUGAAGUAACCGAGGUUGAUGAAGUCCUGGGACAAGGAGAGGGCGAAGAGCCUGUUGCACCCGUCACAGCUCCGGGUCAGGAUCCUGCAGAGCCUGCACCGGGGGCCGAAGAGGCAGUCGAGCCUGAAGGCUCUGGCAUCGCUGACGCUGCCGGAGAGGAGGCAGUAGCUGAAGGCCCAGCAGUAGUGACCAUCCCCGAAACCGAGGUGACCGAGGGAGAGCCAACGGAACCUGAACCGGUUGAAGGAAGUGGAGAUGACGCGACCAAGCCAGACACUGAUGACACUGUCGCUCCAGGUACUUACCCAACCGAGCCGGAGACUGCAGAGCCUGCUGGGGAGACGGCCGGCAGUGAAUCAGCUCAGGACGGAGUUGAGGGUGUCACCACGCCCGAAGUUCCCGAUGAAACGUCCCCUGACGGUGGCAUCAUUGAAGAGGCUUCUGGCGACGCCCCGGAUGCUGCUACUCCUGAGGAUGAAGAGCCGCAGAAGCCUGUUGAUGAUGGCACCGAAGAUGGUGCCCCGGACAGCCAGAUCACCGCGGAGGCUUCUGGUCAGGUAUCUGAUGCCGAUUCUCCAGACCAGGUUAUCACAGACGAGGGGACCGCCGAGGCGCCUGACGCUGAAGUUCCUGUGAUAGAUACUGCAGAAGAGGCGUCUGGAGCUGUUGACGAUGCUGCCGACAUCACUGGCGACGAUGAGGUCGAGGAGUCUUCUGGUCUCGCGCCAGGUGACACUCCUAGCAUUGAGUCCACUGACAAGCCUGUGCCCGACGCCGACGAGGCAGCCACCCCCGGCGCCGAGGUGAACGAGCCUUCGGCAGUGGAGAUCCCCGACGCUGCUACUCCAGAGGAUGGAGUCACUGACCCCACAGAUGUUCCCACCGGCACCGAGGAGGAACAGGCUCCGGAGACCGCCAAGCCUACGGAUCAGACCACAGAGGUUGGUGAAGAGGAGGGCUCCGGUGACGAUCUGAUCGCCGCGACUGAGGCUGGCGGAUACAUCCCGGGUGGUCCUCCCUCCGCGCCGCUGCCGGGACCAACCGGCAUCACCACUGAGCAGCCUGAGGAAGGCGACCAGGUCGACCAGACCGACGCAGAAGAUAAGGAAGAUGGCCCUACCGUCGAAGUUGUGUCCACGGACACUCCCGCCGCUGCGGUGCCUGAAGCCGAAUCGCAAACGACCGUCGACGCCCCGGAGGUUGAUGAGGUCAAACCGACUGGCGGUGACUCCUACCAGCCGGAGCAGGAUCCCAGCACCGGAACGACCGAGGCCCCCGCAUCCCCUGCCAUCCAGCCAGACACGGUCACCGAUUCACCCGGCGCUGAGAGCGAGCCUCAGGUGGAAGGCUCUGGAACCAGUGACGACGGAUCUGCACCCGAUGAGAAGCCAUCCGAAGAUGGCCAAGAGCCUGCACCUGUUACGGAAGAGGGCGGUAGCACCCCUGAGUAUGUCACUGUGACAGACUCGGAUCCGUCAGAGCCCGAGGGUUCUGGAGAAGAUACUGCUAUGACACCAGGUUCGGGACAAACAGAUGAUGUGGAUGAUGCUAUAUUCCCUGGUCUGUUUGACCCCGAGGGUUCUGGUGAUCAAGGUACCACGGACGAGGCUUCAACUCCUGGCACUGAUAUGCAGACUCCAGAGGAGCCCCUAAUGGAUGGCUCUGGAGCACCUGCUCCCGCGGAGACGGAGAAACCCAGUGGACAGGAUGCUCCUGGCUCUGAGACCGGCGAAGCAGCUGACGACACAGUUGAUGUCGUCGAUCCAGACACUGCUGAGCCUGAAGGCUCCGGCACUCAGGAUGAAGCUGAAAACCCCGAAGAGCCUGCAUCCCCAGUUGUUCUCCCUGAGGGCUCUGGAGAACAGGACAGCGUGGAGCCAGCCUCGGAGACUAUCGAGGGAGCCAUUGAUAUUUCUCCGCAACCUGACUCCGAAUUCGACCAGGUGGCUGGAGCCGGAAAUGAGCUGGAUAGUGACAAGCCGACGGGAAGCAUUUCCACUCCUGAAACUCAGCCGGACGCGACAGCUAUCGAGGCCUCCGGAGAUGGUGAGAUGAUUCCUCCUGAAGAUGACAAGGAGCCCGUUACAGAUACUGCAGCGCAGGUAGACCAAUAUCCUGGAGAACCAAAUUUGAUCCCUGGCACUGAUGACGAAGCCUCUCCUGUCGAGGGAUCUGGCGCCGAAGAAUCACUGGUUCCUGGAUCAGAACAGGAUCAGGAUAUUGUCGAUGUGCCUACACCUGGCGAAGGUGAGACUAUCGUACCUGUGGACAGCCAAAUGCCUGAAGCUGACGCUCCUGUUGAGGGAUCAGGCAUGGAACAGCCCCAGGCUCCGGGAUCUGAGCAGGACCCAGCCUCUGUUGGUGAGCCCUCGUCAGAAGAAACCGUGUAUCCCUUGCCUUCCGACGGCCAGGCGCCUGGAAGCGAUGCCACCAUUGAGGGAUCUGGCAAUGACGAGGACACCCCGCAAGACGCUGGCACCAAUCCUGACGAGGUCGAGAUCUCUGAGCAGCCUACAGCUACAACCACCGAGAGCCCCAGCACAGCCGCUAAUGGUGAAGCUGAGACGACACCUAGUCAGGCGACAGACUCCAACUACCCUACCAACGCACCAAGUAGCACCAUCGAGGAGGACCUGAUCGACGCGCUCAGCGAUGAGCUUGGACUCGGAUCCGGCGACAGUGAUCCGGAUUCCUCCGGAGAUCAGCUUUUCCCCAUUGAUGGCAGUCAACCGGUCAGCGUUGAGGUAGAUGAGAAACCACAAGGGAGCACGGACGACGAAGCUGCGCCAGUCACAGACAUGGUCGAAGGGUCUGGGCAGCCAGAGGAGCAGACAGAUGGACAGGAAAAGCCCAUCAACGACGAAACUACUGAAGCUAUCGAGGGGUCAGGAGAUCUGGCACCAGGUGCCGAGCAGGAUGCGGGCACUCAGCCUACAACUGGUGACGGCGAUUCAGUCGUCACCAUCCCUGACGAUCAGUCUCCGGAGUCAGCUAUCACUGGAACCGGCACUGACGAUGGCAUCACGGAGCCCACUGAAGAGGGUGAUGAUAAGCCAACGGAGCCUGCCGCUGGUUACGAGCCCGAGGGUACUGAUGAGCUGACGACUGAGGGAAGUGGAGCGAUCAUUCAGGAUGGUGAAGAUUUGACCGAAGGAUCUGGUGAAGAGGUCAUCGAAGGUGUCGACCAGCCCACGGAGCUUGCUGCCCAGGGUGAGGAUAAGCCCACUAAGCCUGCUGCUGAUGGCGAUGACGAACCAACCGAGCCUACAGUCGAGGGCGAGGACAAGCCCACGGAGCCUGCUGCUGAGGGCGAAGAUAAACCUACGGAGCCUGCCACUGAUUACAUACCUGAAGUGACUGAUGAACAGACGACCGAGGGCAGUGGUGCAGUAGCUCAGAAUGACGAUACCUUGCCUGAGGGGUCUGGUGACGAGGUUUUCGAGGGAGCUGACCAGCCCACGGAGCCUGUUGUCGAGGGUGAGAACAAGCCCACGGAGCCUGCGGUGGAGGGCGAGGACAAGCCAGCGGAGCCUGCUGCCGAGGGUGAGGACAAGCCCAAGGAGCCGGCGGUCGAGGGCGAAGACAAGCCAACGGAGCCUACCACUGGUUAUGAACCUGAGGUUUCUGACGGGCUGACGACUGAGGGCAGUGGUGCGGUUGCUCAGGAUGGAGACGACUUGACGGAGGGAUCCGGUGAAGAGGUUGCCGAGGGCGUAGACCAGCCCACGGAGCCUGCUGUCGAGGGUGAGGACAAGCCUGCCGAGCCUGCUGUCGAGGGCGAGGACAAGCCCACGGAGCCUGCUGUCGAGGGUGAGGACAAGCCCACGGAGCCAGCUGCUGAUGGCGAGGACCAGCCAAAGGAGCCUGCCACUGGUUACGAACCUGAAGUUACUGAUGACCUGACGGCUGAGGGCAGCGGUGCUGUUGUUCAGGAUGGCGAUACCUUGCCUGAGGGAUCUGGUGAAGAGGCUGUCGAGGGCGUCGACCAGCCCACGGAGCCUGCUGCCGAGGGUGAGGACAAGCCAACGGAGCCAGCUGUCGAGGGCGACAACAAGCCCACUGAGCCAGCUGCUGAUGGCGAGGACAAGCCAACGGAGCCUGCCACUGGUUACGAACCUGACGUUACUGAUGAUCUGACGACGGAGGGCAGCGGUGCUGUUGUUCAGGAUGGCGAUACCUUGCCCGAGGGAUCUGGUGAAGAGGUUGUCGAGGGCGUGGACCAGCCCAAGGAGCCUGCUGUCGAGGGUGAAGACAAGCCAACGGAGCCAGCUGUCGAGGGCGACGACAAGCCCACUGAGCCAGCUGCUGAUGGCGAGGACAAGCCAACGGAGCCUGCCACUGGUUACGAACCUGACGUUACCGAUAAUCUGACGACUGAGGGCAGCGGUGCUGUUGUUCAGGAUGGCGAUACCUUGCCCGAGGGAUCUGGUGAAGAGGUUGUCGAGGGCGUGGACCAGCCCACGAAGCCUGCUGUCGAGGGUGAGGACAAGCCAACGGAGCCAGCUGUCGAGGGCGACGACAAGCCCACUGAGCCAGCUGCUGAUGGCGAGGACAAGCCAACGGAGCCUGCCACUGGUUACGAACCUGACGUUACUGAUGAUCUGACGACUGAGGGCAGCGGUGCUGUUGUUCAGGAUGGCGAUACCUUGCCCGAGGGAUCUGGUGAAGAGGUUGUCGAGGGCGUGGACCAGCCCACGAAGCCUGCUGUCGAGGGUGAAGACAAGCCCACAGAGCCUGCUGUCGAGGGUGACGACAAGCCAACGGAGCCUGCUGUCGAGGGCGACGACAAGCCCACUGAGCCAGCUGCUGAUGGCGAGGACAAGCCAACGGAGCCGGCCACUGGUUACGAGCCUGAAGUUACUGAUGAACUGACAACUGAGGGCAGUGGUGCGGUUGCCCAGGAUGGCGACGACUUGACCGAGGGAUCCGGUGAAGAGGUUUCCGAGGGCGUAGACCAGCCCACGGAGCCUGCUGUCGAGGGUGAGGACAAGCCUGCCGAGCCUGCUGUCGAGGGCGAGGACAAGCCCACUGAGCCAGCUGCUGAUGGCGAGGACAAGCCAACAGAGCCUGCCACUGGCUACGAACCUGACGUUACUGAUGAUCUGACGCCUGAGGGCAGCGGUGCAGUUGUUCAGGAUGGUGACACCUUGCCCGAGGGAUCUGGUGAAGAGGUUAUCGAGGGCGUAGACCAGCCCACGGAGCCUGCUGUCGAGGGUGAGGACAAGCCUGCGGAGCCUGCUGUCGAGGGCGAGGACAAGCCCACUGAGCCAGCUGCGGAUGGCGAGGACAAGCCAACGGAGCCUGCCACUGGUUACGAACCUGACGUUACUGAUGACCUGACGACUGAGGGCAGCGGUGCUGCUGUUCAGGAUGGCGAUACCUUGCCCGAGGGAUCUGGUGAAGAGGUUGUCGAGGGCGUGGACCAGCCCACGGAGCCUGCUGUCGAGGGUGAGGACAAGCCAACGGAUCCUGCUGCUGAUGGUGUAGCAAGUCCUGCUGAGCCAACCACUGACACUCAGACCUAUCCUGAAGCUGAUGGAACCACCUCUACUCCUGUCACUGAUGGCAGCAGUGACUCCCUCGAGCCGGAGACUCCCGCUCCGGGUGCCGAGCCGACCGACUCGACGCCCGUCGAGCAGAUGACGGCCGUAUUCCCCGAGACACCACAGCCUAGUCCCCCGGAGAGCGACAGUCAGACGAUGGCCGAAGACAAGGUCGACGGUCCCGGAGUGCCCGGCGAGGGCUCCUGUCUGAUCGACGGAGUGUCGUACGGCUCGGGCGACUCGGUGCCCACUACCAGCCGGUGUCAGAUCAGCUGCAACUGCUCCAACUCCGUGGUUCAGUGCGAGACUCGCCGCUGCCCGGUGGCGCCGGAGGGCAACUGCAGGCCGUACUACACCCAGGGAGCCUGCUGCCCUGCCUACGACUGUGAUGCGGGUUCGACCACGCCUGGGCCGGUCACCCUCCAGUGCUACCUGGACGGCGAGAUUCAUGACGAGGGCGCCGUCAUCCCGCACCCGGAUGUGUGCAAGUACUGUCUGUGCCUGAGCGGCGAGGUGGUCUGCGCCACUGAAGUGUGCCGCGUACCUGCCGAGCUGGAAGGCAUGGACUGCAGACCGCUGCCAGCCAAGGACGGCCAGUGCUGCGCUUCCGAGUACUCUUGCGACAUCUCCGUCCUGCAGACGCUGAACCUGACGACCACCGAGGUUCCUCCGACGAUUGAUGAGGCCGGCUCUGUGGUGGUGACAACCGAGAGACCAGGUGGCGCCAUAGUCGGAGUAACCACGGAGACCACCGACCAGGCCGAGGGCACCACAGAAGUACCGACUGACGAGCAACAGGAAAACACCGCAGCUACCAGCGGCGUACAGGAGGGAGGAUACCCAACGCCCUCUGGCCAACAGCCUUCUGAAGAUGCCAGUGGCGAUCCCGAAGGAAGUGGAGAGUCCACCGAAGAGGCUGUCCUACCCAGCAAUGAGGAGGACACUAAACCGACUGAGGGUUCCGUAGCCGGUGAAGCACCUGUGCCGGAGGAACAAGAUAUGUCCACAGAUUCUGCUGUUGAUGUUGAGGACAGACCAAUCGAGUCCGCUGUCCAGGGCGAGGAGCCCACAGAGCCUGCUGUUGACGGUGAGGACAACCCCACAGUGUCUGCUUCUGAUGGAGAUGACAAACCCACAGAGCCAGUCACUGGUUACGAGCCUGAGGUUACUGAUGAGCUGACGACUGAGGGCAGUGGUGCAGCUGCUCAGGAUGGUGACACCUUGCCAGAGGGAUCUGGUGAAGAGGUUGUCGAAGGUGUUUCCCAGGAACCAGAGCCAGUUGCUGAGGGUGAGGACCAGUCUACAGAGCCUGCUGUCGAGGGUGAAGACAAGCCCACGGAGCCUGCUGCUGAUGGCGAGGACCAGCCCACGCAGCCUGCUGCUGAGGGCGAGGACAAGCCCACGGAACCUGUCACUGGUUACGAACCUGAGGUUAAUGAUGAACUGACGACCGAGGGCAGCGGUGCGGCUGCUCAGGAUGGCGAUGCCUUGCCCGAGGGAUCUGGUGAGGAGGUUGUCGAGGGUGUUGACCAGCCUACUGAGCCUGCUGCUGAUGGCGAGGACAAGCCCACCGAGCCUGCAGUCGAGGGUGGUGACCAGUCCACAGAGCCUGCUGUCGAGGGCGAGGACAAGCCUGCCGAGCCUGCUGUCGAGGGCGAUGACAAGCCCACUGAGCCAGCUGCUGAUGAGGAGGAUAAGCCAACGGAACCUGCCACUGGUGGCGAACCUGAGGUUACUGAUGAACUGACGACUGAAGGCAGUGGUGCAGUUGCUCAGGAUGACGACGACUUGACCGAGGGAUCUGGCGAAGAGGUCGUCGAAGGCGUGGACCAGCCCACCGAGCCUGCUGUCGAGGGUGAGGACAAGCCUACGGAGCCUGUUGCCGAGGGCGAGGACAAGCCCACGGAGCCUGCUGCUGAGGGUGACAAGCCCACAGAGCCUGCUGCUGAGGGUGACAAGCCUACUGAGCCUGCUGCUGAUGGCGAGGACCAGCCCACGCAGCCUGCUGCUGAGGGCGAGGACAAGCCCACGGCGCCUGUCACUGGUUACGAACCUGAGGUUACUGAUGAACUGACGACCGACGGCAGUGGUGCCGCUGCUCAGGAUGGCGACAACCUGCCUCAGGGAUCUGGUGAAGAGGUUAUCGAGGGCGUGGACCAGCCCACGGAGCCUGCUGCUGAUGGCGAGGACAAGCCCACCGAGCCUGCUGUCGAGGGUGAGGAAAAGCCUACGCAACCUGCUGCUGAUGGCGAGGACAAGCCAACGGAGCUGGACACAGGUUACGAACCUGAGGCUACUGAUGAACUGACGACUGAGGGCAGUGGUGCGGUUGCUCAGGAUGGCGAUACCUUGCCCGAGGGAUCUGGUGAGGAGGAUGUCGAGGGCGUCGACCAGCCCACGGAGCCGGCUGUCGAGGGUGAGGACAAGCCUACGGAGUCUGUUGCCGAGGGCGAGGACAAGCCCACGGAGCCUGGUGCUGAGGGUGACAACCCUACUGAGCCUGCUGCUGAUGGCGAGGACAAGCCCACAGAGCCUGUCACUGGUUACGAACCUGAGGUUACUGAUGAACUGACGACCGAGGGCAGUGGUGCGGCUGCUCAGGAUGGCGACAACCUGCCUGAGGGAUCUGGUGAAGAGGUUAUCGAGGGUGUUGACCAGCCUCCUGAAACUGCUGCUGAUGGCGAGUACAGGCCUACCGAGCCUGCAGUCGAGGGUAGUGACCAGCCCACGGAUCCUGCUGUCGAGGGCGAGGAAAAGCCCACGGAGCCUGCCGCUGGUGGCGAGGACAAGCCCACGCAGCCUGCCACUGGUUACGAACCUGAGGUUACUGAUGAAUCGACGACUGAAGGCAGUGGUGCAGUUGCUCAGGAUGAUGAUGACAUGACUGAGGGAUCUGGCGAAGAGGUUGUCGAAGGCGUGGACCAGCCCACCGAGCCUGCUGUCGAGGGUGAGGACAAGCCUACGGAGCCUGUUGCCGAGGGCGAGGACAAGCCAACGGAGCCUGCUGCUGAGGGUGACAAGCCCACAGAGCCUGCUGCUGAGGGUGAUUACAAACCUACUGAGACUGCUGCUGAUGGCGAGGACCAGCCCACGCAGCCUGAUGCUGAGGGCGAGGACAAGCCCACGGAGCCUGUCACUGGUUACGAGCCUGAGGCUACUGAUGAACUGACGACCGAGGGCAGUGGUGCGGCUGCUCAGGAUGGCGACAACCUGCCUGAGGAAUCUGUUGAAGAGGUUAUCGAGGGUGUUGAUCAGCCUAGUGAGCCUGCUGCUGAUGGCGAGGACAAGCCCACGGAGCCUGCUGCUGAGGGCGAGGACAAGCCCACGGAGCCUGUCACUGGUUACGAACCUGAGGUUACUGAUGAACUGACGACCGAGGGCAGUGGUGCGGCUGCUCAGGAUGGCGACAACCUGCCUGAGGGAUCUGGUGAAGAGGAUAUCGAGGGUGUUGACCAGCCUCCUGAGCCUGCUGCUGAUGGCGAGGACAAGCCUACCGAGCCUGCAGUGGAGGGUGUUGAACAGCCGGUGGAGCCUGCUAUCGAGGGCGAGGACAAGCCCACGGAGCCUGCUGCUGGUGGCGAGGACAAGCCUACGGAGCCUGUCACUGGUUACGAACCUGAGGUUACUGAUGAACUGACGACUGAGGGCAGUGGUGCGGUUUCUCAGGAUGGCGACACGUUGCCAGAGGGAUCUGGUGUAGAGACUGUCGAAGGCGAAGCCCAGCCCACGGCGGCUGCUGCCGAGGGUGACGACAAACCCACGGUGCCUGCUGCCGAGGGUGACGACAAGCCCACGGAACCUGCCGCUGAGGGUGACGACAAACCCACGGUGCCUGCUGCCGAGGGUGACGACAAGCCCACGGAACCUGCUGCUGAGGGUGAUGACCAGCCCACGGAGCCUGCUGUCGAGGGCGUGAGUGAGCCCACGGAGCCUGCUGCUGAUGGUGAGGACAAGCCCAUUGAGCCUGCUGCUGAGGGUGUUGACCAGCCCACGGAGCCUGCUGUCGAGGGUGUGAGCGAGCCCACGGAGCCUGCUGCUGAUGGUGAGGAUAAGCCCAUUGAGCCCGUGACUGAGGGUGAGAAACCCACAGAGCCUGCUGUCGACGGCGAGGACUCAGUGGUGCCUGUCGAUGCUGACGCUGGUAAGGAGACUCCCUCCAGCGCGGGCGUCAUUCCUGGCGCUGAGACCCCCACUGUUGUUGUGGUUUCAACCCAGGAAGGAGAGAAGCCCCCAGCUCCAGAAAGCUCUUCUUCUGUCAUGGAGGGUUCAGACACACAAGAAGUUGGCGAAGCUGGUAUUACCGAUGGCGAGACCGGCCCAACCACCACCACUACCACCACUGAUGUGACAUCGGAGACUUCAGAUGGAUCUGACAGCCAGCAAGGUCCCCUUUAUCCUUCUAUCACGACAACUGAGGUCACUUCAGAUUCUUCUGUGGGACCUGAUGCCCAGCCUGUGCCCGGAUACCCAACAACCACUACUACAGAUGUGACAUCAGAGACCUCAGAAGGACCCGAUAGUCAGCCUGGUUCUGAGGGCCCCAUCACGACGACGACCACGACUUCUACCACCGAUGAACAGACCAGCUCGCCGAAGCCGGUCAGCAUCGACCAGCUGAUCCUGUUCCCAGGCACGACGGUCGUUGUAACCACCACGUCCACCGUGAGCUCCAAGACCAAGCCGGGCCCGAGCGUCACCGGAUACAUCACCGUUCUCUCCACCACCACAGUGAGCGAGACACUCGUCAUGUACCCUGACGGUCGGAACGCUACAGGCUCGUCGGCGCCCACGACCAACACCGAGGCGCGACCGGCCACGCCGUCCGAGAUUGCCGCUCUGGAUGCUGGUUUCGUGACCCCCGACUCGUCGGGUACGAUCGUGGUUACUAGCGUGACCGGUCCUAACGGAGAGAUCACGAGUACCACCGAGACUAGCGGCGACCCGGCCGUCGUUGCCAUGAUGAUGGCUUCUGGAAUCGGUGUUGACACCGGAUCGGUAAGACCGGUCACGGUGACCACCACGGAGGAGGAGCAAGUGCCCUGCAGCGGCGCUCAGUGCCCGCCAUCAACCACUACAACCACCACUGAGGUAACCGAGUCAGUUGAUCCCGUCUCUGGAGAAGGUCGCCCGUCCACCACCGUCGCUGAGGCUGACGCCACUGAAACGGUUAGCCCAGGAGCCGAGGAGAUCGACCCUACCACCACAACCACGACUACGACCACGACCACCGGCUCGGAGACGUCCACUGCGCAGAGUCCCAUCACCCUGGUGAUCAUCCCAGGCCUUCGGGUGGUGGAGACCUAUACCUCAACCGUGCAUACCGUCACUAAGCCGGGCGCCGCGAUCGCAAACUUCAUCACCGUCAUCUCCACUACCACCGUGGUCAACACGUUCGUGAUGUAUCCCGACGGCCAGAAUAAGUCGACCACGAGUCAGUCGGAGUCGACCGGCUUCCGCCCUGCGCAGCCCACCGAAAUUGUCGAUUACAACAACGGGAUCAAGAUCCCCGACACUUCUGCCACCAUUGUGGUCAUCACUGUUACUGGCCCCGAUGGCAAGAACACCACCUCGGUCGAGAAGAGCGGAAACCCUGAUGUUCUGAUGAUGAUGAUGGCUCAGGGCAUCGGCGUAGUCGGCACUGAGGGUGUAGCGGCUGACGGCAGUGAGCCUGUGACCGGCACAGAGACUUCUCAGACCGAUGGAACCGACGCAACCAGCACCACCACUACCACAGACGUUACCACCGGUGAGGCUCUGCCUUGCUCCGGCGCUUCGUGCCCAGGAGCUUCGACAACCACCACCACGACCACCGAUACCGAGACCUCUACGGUCGAUGGAGGCUUUGUUGUGAUCCCCGGCCUGACUGUCGUUGAGACAACCACCAGCACGGUCAGCAGCGUUACCCAGCCGGGAGACAGCGCCUCCGGCUACGUGACACUUAUCACCACCGUCACAGUGGUGGAGACCUUCGUCAUGUAUCCUGACGGCAAGAACACGACCAAGACGGCCACCACGACCUCCAAGGGCAUCCGUCCCGCUCUGCCGGCCGAAAUUAGCGGUUACAACAACGGUGCUACCAUCCCAGAUACCUCUGCUACCAUCGUUGUCACCACCGUCACUGGCCCCGAUGGCAAGAACACCACCUCGGUCGAGAAGAGCGGACACCCUGAUGUUCUGAUGAUGAUGAUGGCUCAAGGCAUCGGCGUAGUCGGUACCGAGGGUGUCGUGGCUGACGGCAGUGAGCCUGUGACCGGUACAGAGACUUCUCAGGCCGAUGGAGCGGAUACCACGACCACCACUACCACAGAUGUUACCACCGGUGAGGCCGUGCCUUGCUCCGGCGCUUCGUGCCCAGGGGAUUCGACAACCACCACCACGAGCACCGAUACCGAGACCUCUACAGUCGAUGGAGGCUUUGUUGUGAUCCCCGGCCUGACUGUCGUUGAGACAACCACCAGCACGGUCAGCAGCGUCACCCAGCCGGGAGACAGCGCCUCUGGCUACGUGACACUUAUCACCACCGUCACAGUGGUGGAGACCUUCGUCAUGUAUCCUGACGGCAAGAAUACGACCAAGACGGCCACCACGACCUCCAAGGGCAUUCGUCCCGCUCUGCCGGCCGAAAUUACCGGUUACAACAACGGCGCUACUAUUCCCGACACUUCUGCCACCAUUGUGGUCACCACUGUCACCGGAGACGACGGCAAGAACACCACCUCUAGCCAGUCCAGCGGCGACCCCGACGUCCUGGCUAUGAUGCUUGCUCAGGGCAUCGGAGCUGGCGCUGGCGUGGUUCCUGCGGCUGACGGCAGCGAAACGCAGACAAGCUCGGAGACUUCUGGAACUGACGGUUCCACGACCACGACUACCACAACCACCGAAAGUGGUCUGGUCGUCAUUCCGGGUCUCAGGGUGGUUGUGACGACCACUACCACUAUCAACACGGUCACCCAGCCGGGAGACAGCGCCUCUGGCUACGUCACUCUUAUCACCACCGUCACGGUCGUCAACACCUUCGUGAUGUAUCCGAACGGCAAGAACACUUCCACCACAGCCACCACCACCUCCAAGGGAAUCCGCCCGGCUCUGCCUGCCGAAAUCAUCAAGGUGAACGCCGGCUAUGUCAUCCCUGACACCUCCGCCACCAUCGUGGUGACCACUGUCACUGGCCCUGAUGGCAAGAACACCACCUCGGUCGAGAAGAGCGGAAACCCUGAUGUUCUGAUGAUGAUGAUGGCUCAGGGCAUCGGCGUGGUUGGCACCCAGGGUGUCGUUGCUGACGGAGGUGUUCCCCAGACUGGUACCGAGAUCGCUCAGGCUGAUGGAGCUGAUGCUGCCGUCUCAGAGGAAGUGGCUGGGACUGGAACUUCGACUACCACUGGAGGAGAAGGCAUCGGCCAGACUGGAACUGAAACCUCCAGCACCACGACCACUACUGGCGAGGGCGGUCUGGAGUUCAUUCCCGGCCUGACUGUCGUUGAGACAACCACCAGCACGGUCAGCAGCGUCACCCAGCCGGGAGACAGCGCCUCCGGCUACGUGACGCUUAUCACCACCGUCACGGUGGUGGAGACCUUCGUCAUGUAUCCUGACGGCAAGAACACGACCAAGACGGCCACCACGACCUCGAAGGGCAUCCGUCCCGCUCUGCCGGCCGAAAUUACCGGUUACAACAACGGCGCUACCAUUCCGGACACCUCAGCCACCAUCAUCGUCACAACAAUCACCGGACCUGAUGGCAAGAACACCACCUCGGUGGCGAAGAGCGGCGACCCAGCUGUGCUCGCCACGCUGAUGGCGGCCGGUGUUGGAGGAGGCUCUCAGAUGAUCUCCGUCACGGACGAAGUGAUCGACAUGCUCGAGCACGGCGGCCAAGAGGCCAUCGACAGCACUUCUGACAUCACCGACGAAGAGGUCACUGCUCCUGUGGACGGCACUCAGGUCGCUGCCGACCCAAGCGAAGAGGUUAACACCACGACCACCACCACGACCACCACGGAGGCACCUGUUGCCGUUCCUGACACCUCAUCCGGCUCAGGGUCCGGGUACGACACCGGGGUGCCGGCUACCGGCGGAUACGUCCCCGGCGCCGGUCAGAACGCCUCCACGUCAACGUCCACCUCCACAUCCUCAACGCAGACGACCAACGUCUUCUUAGGCCCGGGCGCCUGUCUGUUUGACGGCAAGGUGUACGUCUCGGCGCAGCAGAUCCCGCGCGACAACCCGUGCGACUUCUGCUUCUGCUUCCGCGGCGACAUCAUCUGCCUGCAGCAGUCGUGUCCGCCGCCGGUGGCCGGCUGCAUCGAGCAGCCCAUCGACGGCUUCUGCUGCCCGCGCUACGAGUGCGCCGUCGAGGAGAACGCCUACAAGCUGUCUCUACCGGCGACGACCACGGAGCGCACCCCGCCGCCCGAGCCUCAGUUCGAGGUGCAGGGCUGCGAGAUCCAGGGCGUGUUCUACCAGGUCGGCCAGGUGGUGGAGGCCGCGUCAGGACCCUGCCUCGAGUGCAGGUGUGGUCAGAACGGUUCCAUGUCCUGCGACCCGAAGAGCUGCCAGCCGCAGACACUGCUCAAGAAGAUGAUGAUCAAGGCCGCCGAGAGGAAGCGGUGAGCGUCGCUCUCCACGGGGGAGCGGCGCGCGAAGCAGCUGGAGGGUGCCAAAAGUGAUCUUGUGCGAGCCGUAGAGACGGCCCGGGCGGCAUCGGAUGUCAUAUCAAAAGAUAUUGUGAGGACUAAAAUCGGUUCUUGGCCGUCCAUCGACGCCGCGAGACGGAGAGAUGCAGCUCAAUCGAGAGGCGAGCCAGAAAAGAGAGAGAGAGAGAGAGAGAGAGGCCGACGGCCAGCAUCCAUCACCCCGAGGGGCAGACGCGGCGGCGGGCCGCCCCGCGCCGCAUUAGUGCCUUUCGUACAUCUGCGAUAAGUGACGUCAUUUCUGGCAGGUGGCAUUAUUGGUGUGCUUGUGUGUGAACGAGUGUUUUUUGUCUUGCAAACUUGUAACGAAGGACAGCGGCGGGCAUUGAUCUAGUGGCGAGUGAUGACUUUGUAUGUGUUGACUUCAGUGAUGGUAAAUGAGGAAACCUAAGAUUUAUGGGCAUACGGUGGCGCCAGUGUUGGCGUCACCUUUCUUUGUACAUGUCAACUCCAUAUUUUUAAGUGAGCGACUUUGUACGCGAGCGUUUAUAGUCUCGUUGUGUCGGGCUGAGCCUACCACGUGAGGUGGGGUCGUGUGUGAUAUCGGUGUGUAUCGAGUUGUGUCGAUGGGCCAUUACAAUGUCUGCCGCGGCCGGCGGUCGGCUGGUCGGCCCGUCGGCAGCGGCCCGUAUCGUACGGACGUACGGUACGGGCUGGGCCGACGGAGGCCCCGGCCGCCGUCGACCGGCCGAAACUGUCCUCUGUUAUGAUUUCGUGCAAGAACUACUGUGUCGCCUGCUGUCGUUGAAAUAUAUUUAUAAUCAUGA